CGGGGACUGAACCUCUGACCAUCCUCCCUCUCACCUCAGAAAUGGAGGAAGCCGCUAUCAAAGCCCACUACAAAGUGUGUGACCGCCUGAAGCUGGAAAAGAAGCAGCGUAGGAUGUGCCGGAGAGACCCGGGCGUGGCUGAGACCCUCAUGGAGGCCAUUAGCAUGAGUGCCCUGGAAUGCCAGUAUCAGUUCCGCUUUGAGAGGUGGAAUUGCACCCUCGAGGGCCGCUACAGAGCCAGCCUGCUGAAGAGGGGGUUUAAGGAAACCGCCUUCCUUUACGCCAUCUCUUCGGCGGGGCUGACCCACGCUAUGGCCAAGGCCUGCAGCGCCGGGCGCAUGGAACGCUGCACUUGCGAUGAAGCCCCCGACCUGGAGAACCGCGAAGCUUGGCAAUGGGGUGGAUGUGGGGACAAUCUCAAGUACAGCAACAAGUUUGUCAAAGAGUUCCUCGGAAAGAAGUCGAACAAGGAUCUGCGAGCUCGGGUGGACUUCCACAACAACCUGGUUGGAAUGAAGGUCAUCAAAGCAGGAGUGGAGACCACCUGUAAAUGCCAUGGGGUUUCAGGCUCUUGCACCGUCCGGACGUGUUGGCGUCAGCUCUCUCCGUUCCAUGAGAUCGGCAAGCAGCUGAAGCAGAAGUACGAGAUGGCCCUCAAGGUGGUGAGCACUACCAAUGAGGCCACGGGAGAAGGGGACAUCUCCCCGCCGAAGAAAUCCAUUCCGGGCCACGGCGACCAGAUCCCCAGGACUACCGACUUGGUUUACCUCGACGAUUCCCCGAGCUUUUGCCUGAUGAGCCGGUUUUCUUCGGGCACGUCCGGCCGGAAAUGCUACAAAGACAAGAACUGUGACAGCAUCUGCUGCGGGCGAGGCCAUAACAUCCAAAGCCGGGUGGUCACCCGUCCGUGCCAAUGCCAGGUCCGCUGGUGCUGUUACGUGGAAUGCAAGCAGUGUACGCAGAGGGAGGAGGUCUACACGUGCAAGGACUGAGGAGGUGUCCGACAAGCCCCAACUUUGGGACGGUACCUCCCUGCCCCUUGGAGACAGAGCAGAGAUGGUGGCGCAGAGGUACCCUAACGCGAUGGAAGCACUUUGAGGGCUACCACGUCUUGCUGACCCUGCGUCUUUCUCUGCGAACAGAUUUUGGAGGCCCACAGAGAUGGAAGAGCCCCAGCGAUGCCCAAGAUGGUGCCCUGGAAUGAGAGAGACAGAGAGAGAGAGAGGGAGGAAAUCUUGCCCAGCCACUGAACACCUUCCCUUCUUGACGGGAAUUUGAGGGCCCAGCUGUCUACCUUAGUCCUUUCGCAUCGCCCUCCUGAGCAGAACGAGGAUUCUCUUGGACCCGGAUGGUCCCACGUCAUCUGGGAGUAGCCCAAGCUCGUGGAGACCUGCAAUAUGGAACCGCAGAAGAAGUUCCAGGAAGAAGGUGGCCCCAGAAGGAGCAAGAAAAGUCGGCUAAUAGGGAGCUUCUGAGACUCGAGGCCCAAAAUCAGAAGCCACAUCCAUCAGCUGGAGAUGUCACUCCAUAAGGCUGCUCCAUUGUGACUUCUACCAGCGCCUUGUAGCAGAUGGCGAAGAAGCUGGUUUUUAUUUUAAUUUCCCCCUUGCAUACUCUCAACCCCUGUUGCAUUCCCCCUUGCCUCCCUGACCCUUUUUGCAAUCCACUUGCUAAAUUUGGAAAACCACUAGAGACCAGACAAACCUGCUAUUUUUUCAACCGGCAUUUUGCCCCCUUUCAAGCUUUACUAUGAUUUUUUCCCCCCUGAUUUCUCUUGUGACUUCAGUUGGCAUGUGAGGCUGCUUCGAGGCUGGCGUGACACCCUGAGUGCGAAUGCAGUUUGGCAGUUCGUCUUCAGAAGAUGGAGAAAACGCAUAGUCUUUUAGACUAUGAUGCUGCUUUGAGACUUUCCACAUCUGGAAUGGGAUCGUGGCUUCCAAGAACGUGUGUCCCUUCAGGAUACCAUUCCACUAUCAGUGACAGUGAUAUUAUCUGGGGCAAAUUUCUAUGAAGGCCUGUUGCUUUAAAAAGGAAAAAAAAAAUAAAUAAACCACUAGAAACAUGCGCAUUAGAAAUAAAAUGAUGACCAGCCACACAGAUACUGGAUUCCAAGAGCCUGUUGAUCAGCGGGAAGAAUGUGGAGAAAUAUUUAAAUGGCAAACUGGAUCAGUCGUAGCAGCGUGAUGGACUACAGACCAUCCUUCAAUCAUCGAAUUUGAGGAUAUUACAAAUAUGCAACUUUUUUUUUUCUUCAAAAAGACUGUUUGGGUUGGAAGCAGCCGAUGAACUCCCCGGCCGAGCAUCCACGCGUGGUGGACAGCAAUUCUUCAGAUUUGCCCACCGUUGCAUUUUUGCCCUUGGGAAUUGCAUUUGGACUUGUUUUCUUUUGAGAAGUGGAGCAGAAAUCUUUCAUGUGCUCUUCUGGGAAAUUAUCCCCGCCUUCCCACCUUGCUUUAUGGGCGCGUUGAAAAAAAUAAAACUGUAGCCACCUCUUUCAGAGCUGUAAUUAUUGGGGAGGGGAUGGAUCCGGACGGCGUUGUAAGAACGGGGGAUGAACAACUAGAUUGUGGCUUGGUAUUAGAAUUGGAAGGGGGCUGAGUGGCCCCAGGAUGACAUGGCCCUUUUUAUUGAUUGGAAAGUGGAGUGAUUAGAAGUGGAAGAUAGCUUCUAGUUCUGGUGCCUCACUUUUAACUGACAUUAAAUACCCAAGAGUUUGUUUCUGGUCCCCGCGUGGCCAUACACAUCCAAAACUCUUAACUGGGUUAACGUCCGUGCCCAAAAGCCAGUCCUGAAUCUGCGUGCCAGUGAUUGACAACCAAACCAAAUGAAGACUGUAGAGGACUCUUCUUCAAGUGUGGAAUAUAUAUAUAUAUAGUCUUAUGCCUAGAUAUAAAUAUUGAACGUUUAUUUAUUAAGCUUUUCAGAAGGACCUUGUAUGGUUUCAAUGUGGUAUUAUGAACUGGGCCUCUUUGGAACGUGUGGGCACUCAUUCCUGUUUGCACGCUGGUGUGGAGCCUUGAUUCCCGAAGGGUCUCUUCAGCUUUUCCAACAGCGUAAGGCCUGACAUUUGAGCAAGCUGCAGCCUCAUUCUUCCUUUUUAAAAAAAAAAAAAAAAAAUAUUUUGAAGGGGAGGGUUUCUGAACUCCUUGGCUUGGAAGAAGAUGUCUGGAAAUCUGCUUUUCAUUUAGUUAACCCCAGUCCUAGGUCUUGUAUUGGAGAAGCACAGUUGAUGCUCUUGUUGUAGUGGGAAGAGGUCAUCUUGAUGUGUGCAGAUUGGGGGAGAAAUGGGAAAAUUUGGGGAGAUAAAAGUCGCUCCUGGCCAUAAGCCUCAUCUCUGGAUAGCUGAGGUGAAGAAGUAACCAAAUUCCCCUUUCCCCAUUAGUGUGAGCAUCCUUGCAUAGUUGGCCAACUGGAGGUUUCCAAAAUUGGGACAACCCUUCAAUACACCAGAUCCUCCUGUUGGUUAUUGAAAAUUAUGGGGUGGUGGUGACUUAAUAAUCCACUGCUGCUUUUCAACGGUGUGAACGAAUGAUGCCGUUUUUCUGCUUGAGAUUGGGGAGGGUCAUUUUUCUCUUGAAAAGCCAAGGUUGGCCACUGUCUUAGAUACCUGGUCUAAAGAUGGCUUUAAAAUGAACUUGCAAUAUUGGGAGAACUUUAAGGCUCAUGAGGUUUUAGCCAUCUCACCUCAGAUGGGGGCUGACCUGGCUUGAUUUGGAAGGUCUGGCCUGAAAUAUCUACCAAGUGUCAUUGGAGAAUGCUCAAAUCCUACACAACUGGGAGCAUCGUUUAAUCAGUUUUGGAGAAGCAUCUUCCAACCCUGGAUAUACUGGCAUAUGCUGUAUGGAUUGACUUUGCAUUUAAGUUUCUCCUUCCAGCAGAAAUGGAAUCAGUUUAGGCCCCCCACAUGGGCUUGUUUGCUUUAAAAGGCAAACAGACCAUCAUUUCCUUUUGGUCAUUAUCAGAGUUAACUUGCGGAAACUGGAUUACAGGAAGUUGAACCAUGGCAAUGAAUAACAUGGCUUGGUGUAAUUUUCUUUCUCUAAGACAGUGUUUCUCAACCUUGGCCACUUUAAGAUGCGUGGACUUCAACUCCCAGA